AUGGAAAACGUCAAAAUCCCAACUGAAAAUAUCCCUCAAGGGCUCAAACAAUGUGAACAGAUACUCAAACGAGCAAAUGAGUUGAAAAAGGUAGAACCUGUCGUCGCAUAUUGGUGCUGUUUCUCCGCUGCUCAGAAGGCUCUCAAUGUCAAGCAGAGGACAAAAGAGGAUACUUUGUUUCUCAUGAGCGUGAUUGACGCGCUGGAAGAGAUGAAAGCUAUUCUCGGUCACAACGAAGCUAUCACUUCUGAGGCUGCUGGUGCUGCUCUUGUGGAAGCUUUCGCUCUGAAGGUAUUCAUGUCUGCUGAUAAUGACGACCGGGCUGGUAUCACUGGGAAGGCAACUAUCAGGAAGUUUGUUGUGGCUAGUCAAUUCAUUGAAGUGUUGUCGUGUUUCGAAGCAGGAAUGACUGAUGAGCUGGAACAGAAACUCCAAUACGCAAGGUGGAAAGCUGCCGAUGGAGCUAAAGCUCUUCGAGAGGGAAGAGAACCCGCCUCUGGUCCUCCUAUACCCGAAGAAGAAUCCGAUAUCUCACCCUUCCCUACACUUCCGACUGAAGCACCUUCAGAUCAACUUCGACCCCAACAAUCCCCUCAGGAACAAGCUCGAGGUUCAUUCUCUUCGCAAACUCGUCCAAACGUGCCAAGCAAUCACAGCAAUUCGUCAACACCAAUCGUGUCGCCAAGACCAUCUCCUUCGUCAGGUAAUAAACCUUCGCUUCCUGGUAUUCAAACAUCUCAAGAUGAUUUGCGUACACCGUCAAGGUCUCAAUCAAUGAAUUCAGGAGCCUGGUCAACAGUGGCUACUCCAGGCUUACCGGAUGAUGACACCGAACCUCAUUUCCCUACCAACAGACCUGAAGUAAUCUUACCGUCUGCACCACCUAUGACCCCUCCCGAAAGAGGCUCUCCAGGUGAAAAGAAGAAUGUCAGGUUCAUGGGUCCAGAUGGAGCGCCACUUAGUCCCGCUUCAACUCAUCUCACAGUAUCCUCAUAUGAUGCGCCCCCACCACCACCCCCAACGGAUUUCGCAAGUCCUCCUGGAAGUCCCAAGAUGUCACCGAAUGUCAUACUUCAUCCUCCGCCACAAAGUAGACCAAGAGGAGACAGUUCAGCUUCUUCUUCUCGUUCAGCGGGAACUGUCAAUCCCCCUCAUCCAACAAUCAAUGGUAAAUCAGGGACAUCAUCCGCUUCCAUCACAAGAAAUCAACCUGCAACAACAAGACCAGCUGUGAAUUCGUCAAUCACGGUUCCCCCUCCACCACCACCGUCUCUCGCUUCUUAUCCUCAACAGCCGCCCAGUCAACCUCAACCUCAUGGCUUGGGUCUUACUUCUCCUCAACCGGGACCUACGAGGACCAACCUUUCCAGGAGAGAAGUGGAAACAGUCCAGAAACACGCUAAAUGGGCUGUAUCAGCGUUGGAAUUUGACGAUUUCGAAACAGCCAGAGCGGAACUGAGAAAGGCUUUGAACAUGCUGGGUGGAUAA